AUGCCACCCGAAAUGUACUCGUCGAAUACCGGUGCCUCCGCUCAGCCUUCUCCAACUCGACGCCUUCGAGUCCUUCUGUUAUCGAAUCUCAGCCACUCGCUGGCAAUUUUCCUCUGUCUGUUUGGCGUCUGUACCUCCUUGGCGAGCGCCGCCCGCGUCGAAUUUCAAAAUUGUCUUGACAGAAGCUAUAUCUCAUCAGUUCCCAGACUCCUCCAGUUCGAUCCUCUCCAAGCCAGGGCUGUCUUUGUCAACACGGGCGACAAUAAUCUCAAUGUCACCAUCUACGGCAACGUCACAGGGCGAACCACCGACGCACCCUAUCCCGCUCCUGAUGAUCCUUCAUGGUCCAAUCCGAAUAUCACCUUUGGGAAAAUCCCCGACUUGAGUGAAGCCAACAACAAGUACACCACUCUCUUUGCUAGAUAUACCUUCCUGAGCUACACACCUUGGAUUGCCGAACCCAGCAGAUUUUGUGAGUCGGUCCUUCAAGAAGAAUGCCCUCUUGCGCCUGCAUUUUAUGUCAACUCUUCCGAUCUCAGCCAGCUUCCAGCCUUCUCUGUCGCCCACGACUUAUUCUCCAGCUAUGCCUUUGCUUCUAUUCAAGCCACCCUCCAAAUUCAGUCAGGCGAUGCCAGCGGCAAUUACCUUGGUUGCAUCACUGCCACUAUCACUCCCGAUCUUGGAAGCUAUCUCAAAGGUCUUCUGAGGUAUCUGCCUCUAGCCAUUCUUAUCGUUGUUGGCGUCGCCACUAUUUCCGCCGCCGUCUUCAGUCCUUGGGGCUCCAGCGAUAUCUUUCAUUGGUCCAGCAAUUUUGGCCGGGAUGAGGAUCUCUUACGUCUCGUCACCCCCGGCUUCGGUGACUGCCUUCAAUACAUCCAAUUCGUUGUGCUGACUGGUAGCCUCAGCCUGAACUAUCCUGGAUUUUACCAACCGGCCGUCAGCCGGGUGAGCUGGUCGUCUCUCAUGUUUAACAUGAGCUUCGUCUCGGGUGGCAAUGGCACUGAAAGUAUAGUCGAUGGCAUUUAUGAGCUUCGCAACGAUACAAAAUAUGGCCUUGACGGCAUGAGUCAGCUAGUUGGUAUGACUUCUGACAGAGAUAUUUGGGCCGACAUGAUGGUAUGGCUGGUCGUUGUUGUCGCAGCCGUCUCCAUUUUGACCCAACUUGGCUUUGCUGGACGAUAUCUAUACCGCCGAGUUGCUGCCGUUGAACCCGAAGACCUACGCUCAAAGAACAUUCCUUUCACCAUCGGCAACAUCGUCCGGGUUGUGCUCAACUUCUUCCUCCUUCCCCUGACAUCUUUGUCCUUCUAUCAACUUGUAAUCGCAGGACGUGGUCCCACUUACUCAGUGGCCUUGGCCGCGGUGUCACUGGUCUUCGUACUCGCUUUCUCUGCUCGACUUGUCUUUCUAUUUAUCCGAACAAGGCCUCGAUCUUUCCUCUUCGACGACCUCCUAACUCUUCUGGCGUAUGGCCCUUUGUACAAUACCUAUUGUGACGACGCCGCAACUUUCGCGCUAGUCCCUUUGAUGGUCAAUUUUCUGCGUGGCAUCGCAAUUGGUGCUGUUCAACAAUCGGGGGUGGCACAGGUGGUAUUACUUGCCAUCUGUGAAAUUGUCCUGAUUCUCACCAUUAACGCCUUCAGACCGUUCCCAUCUGCUACAUCCAUGAACAUUUAUCACACUUGCUUCUCCGUCAUCAGACUCAUUACGAUCCUCCUGUCCAUAGCUUUUGUACCCUCAUUGGGAGUUGCAGAUUCCUCUCGAGGCUGGCUCGGAUAUGCUAUUCUAAUUAUCCAUGCCUGUACUCUUGUGUUUGGAUUCUUCUUGAAUGCCAUACAAACACUUGUUGAAGUGAUUGCCCGGCUAGCAGGUGCAGGAGGCCGCGAUGAAGACACUGGCGGUGCUACAAGAGGUGGACUGAACAAGGUUUUUGGCAUGCGACAACUAUCUCGUCGUUUGCCCCGUCGAGAGCACCCCCGUCACAGCAUGUCAUCCAACGCUGCCAUGCUCUCGGCUCUUGACAAUGAACAGAAACAAUUGCAAAUGGCUAAGACUCGCUCACGAAGUGUCUCCGCGACUUCAGGGGCGUUGAUGGAUGGACCCAGACAUUCCAACAGAAUCAGCUCAAAUCUUGAUAGUCGCACCAUGGGCCAUUCCACCCCAGACAACGGAAGUACCAUUGGCAAACGACUUACACAGAGAUUGAGUGGAACAAGUUCAGUUGGUGCUAUCGUCGGUCUUCACCACAAACAGACAGAGUCAAAAGACCCCUAUUAUCGACCUCCACGUCGAAACACCAUGGAUGCCCUCGGAUCAGCAGACAGCAGACCAAGGAUACCCCUCGCGGGUGCAGGCAGGGGUGGUAAUAACGAUCUAGCCGUGGACGAUGACAUCGGAGAGGGAACCUCGACCCCCGUGCGAGCAGAAAAUGAUGACUUCGAGGAUGCCAUCAGUGAACGACCCGGCCCAAAGAAGGACUACGCAGUCAGGGAGGUCGACUUCUAUUAUGGUGUUCGAGGGGCUGCUCUUUCAAGCGGAACCAGAAAGCUGAAGACUGGUCCGGCUGAUCCCACAGGGCGCGUGUCGACGGCAAGAGGUUGGUUCAAGGGCAUCAUUGGUGGAAAGACCAAGGAAAAGAACAAAGGCUUUGAAGUUGUUCGAAGUGCUCGAGCACCUCCUCCGGGUCUGUUCCCACCAACCCCUAUACCGGAGGGCCAGGUAUCAGAACCAUACCACGACGAAGAUCUCCCGCCGCAUGGUGAGAGCAGUCGAGCAGAUCGUACCAGCAUCAGAGUUGCGUCACCAGUCCAACAGAGACACAGCCUUUACGAUGACAUAUCAGUGGAUGAUUCUGAUGAGGAUGAGCGACCUGUGUCAACUGUCCCGAAACAAGCGCCAUCCUUGCCUUUGAUCGACUCGGUCGGUGCAAUAGAAUUGCCUAGCCGUAUUGGCUCUGAAGCUUCACGGAAAUCUCGCAGACGACCGCCGGCAGGAGAAAUCCCAGAUGUACCGGCUCUACCGGCUCUACCGGCCGUACCGGCCGUGCCUCGAAAGAGUUCCCGAAGGCAAUCAGGAGGUGAUUCUGGCGACAGGUCAAAUGUCAUGCGGCCUCGAGUUGCUGCCGUUGGUCCAUCUGCAUACACCCACCAAAGUCCAUACAAGAGAGACUCUCAAGGUUUGAGUGCGAGUCGAAUUCCGUUCUCUAACUCUCAAUCGCCAGGGCGAAACAAGCGCUACUCAACGGGAGCCGAAUCAACCAAUUCAAGUGUACUGCGGGACACAGAUGAGAAUCUUCAAACACAUCCAUCUUUGACUACACAGUUGCAUCACUCCUCCUCAGCCCUGGGUGUACAUGGAGCUGAUGUCCGAGACGAUCGGCCAUCUAAUAUGGGAUUUGUUCAACAACACCGAGCAAGCGACCAUAUACACUACAGCCCAGAUUCACCCGAGUUUGAGGGAAGCGCAGCCGAGAUAUAUGGCCGACCUGCCUGGUGA